CCAUCUCCACCCCCCAGGCAUGGAGAACGACGGGGCUUGGGUGCUGUUCUCCCUUUGUGGUGAAAGACAACUGCUUGUUGCUGGGGCAGAAGUUGGGCAUCAUGGCAUACAUCAGAGAAUGAGGCAUUUCAGCAUCCAGAACAGCCUGGUGCUGCGGGUCGCUGUAGAGGAAUUAUAGAGGAAAGGCAGCAGGUUAAUUAACAUUGAUACUAUACAGCUCUGGGCUUGCUUCAGCGGCGGUGGGUUAGCUGACAUGGAUAAUGUGCAGCUGUGGCUGGUUCCUGCUAAGUAGUUAAAUAGCUCUACGGGGUAUAGAAGAGAAGGACCAUAUGAGGAGAAACAUUGGAUGAAAAAGAGACCUGGAAGAAGCAGAGGGAGGGGAGAGAGUGUGCUCUGGAUGUAGGAGAGGCCCCAGGAGAAGCAGGAAAAAGCAGGGGGCCUGGAUGAGAAGAGAUGAGACUGGCUGGAAGAAGAGCCCGGAGAAGAAAGAAUCUGGAUGCAGCGGAGGCAAGAAGCAGGGUGGACUGACCUGAUGAGGAUGGAGAAAGAGCACAAACAGUAGAUGAACUUUUGAAACCUUGUGGGGGAUUGGUGGCUGUGCAGGGGCAAGGUACAGGAACUACUCAUUGAAUUUAACCUGGUAUGUGACGGUAAAAGCCUUGAUGCAGCCGGCUAGUUUUGAUAGUGCUGCAGCAGGUCACCCCUUAUAUAAAUAUAUGUAUAUAUAUAUAAGCAAUAGGAUGAGGAAACGGUCCCAAGUUGUCUCAGGGGAGAUUUAGAUUGAAUAUUAGGAAAAAUUGUUUCACUGAAAGGGUAGUCAGCAUUGGAACAGGCUGCCCAGGGAGGUGGUGGAGUCACCAUCCCUGGAAGUGUUUAAAAACCACGUAGAUGUGAUGGCUCAGUGGUGGACUUGUCAGUCUUGGGUCAAUAGUUGGGACUUGAUGAUCUUAAAGGUCCUUCCCGACCUAAAUGAUUCUAUGGUAUCACACACUCUGGUGUUAGAGCCAGGCAGAUCUCUGGGCACACUCAGCCUCUCUGCCAGCACUCAGCAGAGUGGACGUGGCAGCCAGAUGCUGCAAGUGCAGGGGAGCUGGUUGAGAAGGAAGGGUGCCAAUGGGGGUUUCCAGCAAGGCAAGCUCUGAUGUGAAAGCAGCAGGAGCCCAUACUGAGUUUUCAGGGAAGGAGGUGAGAUUUGCCCACCCUGCUAAGGGCAUCUGGGGAUGGUCUGAUGGAAAAACCUGAUGUUUUACAGAGGAAAAAGCAGCUGAGGCAGAGCAGAUGUGCCUAGGAAAUGAAACACUUUGCUUGUAGAAGGAUGAGGCUGCUGGGGCUUGACCUUGUGGAGGGGCUGUAAGCCCUCAGGACUGCAUUUCCCUGGGGGACAGAGCCCUCGUAGGCCCUCACUUAGCUCUGGGGGCAGCUCUGAUACAAACCAGUGGGCUGGCUGAGAGCUCUUGUCAUCAGAUAGGCACUAUCUCCCAUACCAGUGCCCAGCCUGUUCACCAAACACACCACCCCGCAGACCCUGAGUGGUGUUGCACCAUGAAGAGCAAAGAGAUCUACAAACCCUCUCAUCUCUGCUGUUGAUCCCAUGGCUGUACCUGGCUGAGAACAGCCCUGCUUGCAGGGAGAGCCUUUUUCUACUCUUGUGCCCCCUAGGAAGGGAGGGGAACCUCGGCGAUAAAAUUAAGGAAACCUCCAAGCUCUGCCUUAAAAAAACCUCUACCGAUAUAGAGCCUGGAGGAAAGGAAGGCAGAAGAAAAGCUGUGUAGAGGCAAGGAGGCAGCUUAGCUCUGCUGCACUGGGUGGUUGUGGGAGGCCUCAGCAUGAGGAGAUGGGGUGCAGUGUUUCAUGCCAACCAACCACCACCUGCUCCACCAUGGCCUCAAUGAGCGCUCCCAGUACAUCCUGUGGUACAGCUGGUCUGAAGUGUUUGGCAGGAGGCAGAGACCCCAGACCAGCUUGCUGGAGGCAACAGCUCUGGUAGCUGCCCAGCAGUGGGAUGGGAUGCAAUAUCCUCCUCCUGCAGCAGCCAGCCACAGGAGGAAGUCCUUCCCUGGCCCACUGGAGACAGCACAACCUAGUGCUCUGCAGGGAAUGGGCCUUAAUUCUGGGAAGGAGAUGAUGCCUCACCCAAGGCUAGCAUGGAGGGGACCCUAACUUCUACAAGUGAGCUGCCCCAGGCUGCCUUCAUGGCAAGGGGAGGACUGGGGGGCUGCGGCAGGGAGGCUGCGGGGCACGAGGGGAUGGGGAUGAGCAGAGGGAGGUGUAAGGGAAGCAAGUGGGGCAAAGCAGAGGGGUCUGGGGACGCAGCACAGCCCCAGGAGAAUGGGAGUGGGACCAGGCUGGUAAAGCCUGGCCCAGGCACCUGGCUCCCUGUGAGGAGCCCAGGCACCUGCCGAACCUGGCUCUGGUUCAAGAGCAGCUGUCAGGACUCAGAUUAGCAUGAAGGUUAUUUUCAGUUAAAUGUUUCUACAGCCCACCCCUUUCCCCUCUCUUCAAGGGAUUGAAUUUCUUUUUCCCCUGUAGUGCUUUGGAAGAGAGGAGGAGAGGAACAAGGCAGAGGAGAAGGGGUGCCCGGGCUUCUCACAUGGGAUACAUGCUUUGUGUCUGGUCAGCCCAGGGUGACAUAGCCCCUGUCCCCACAGGGGCUCAUCUUGCCAGAGCUGGGUGUUCCAGGUGGCUGCGAGGGCCUCAGGCACCCAUCUCCCUGGUGAGAGGCAGGCACACUGUGAGCAUGGCCAGGCUGCUGGCCAGGGCUUGCUGCCCCAAAGCUUUUCCUCAGGCUCCCAGAUGUCCCCUUAGGUCAGCAGCUGCCUGAGCCUGGAGCCACGGGUCUCUCACCGCCCACAUGCUCCCUGUACCCAAGGACCACCAAGGCUUGUGCAAGGUGUCAGUGGAGCAGGGGGAUGCCUUCUUGGGAGUGUUAGGUAGGAGCCGGCUCACAUGGAUCAUCCCCUUCCACUCUGUCCAGCACUGCGACCUGCACCAGGGCAGGGUCUCCUGGUUCCUGGGCAGGCAGCUGAAAGUAGCAGUGAAUUGUCUGGCCCGACAUGUCCACGUAGCCCCAGAUAAAGUGGCCUUAAUCUGGGAGAAGGAUGAACCGGGAGAGGAGGUGCGGGUCACGUACAGGGAACUGCUGGAGAUGAUGUGCUGCCUGGGAAACACUUUGAAACUGCAAGGGGUGAAACUGGGUGAAAUCUACAUGCCCCCAUGCCCGCUGGCAGUGGCUAGCAUCGGGGCUGUGCAUGCUGUGGUGUUCACCGCGUUCAGUGCAGAAUCCCUGGCAAACAGGAUCUGGGAUGCCCGGUCAGAGACAGUGAUCACAGUGAACCAGGGGCUGAGAGGUGGCAACGUUAUUGAGCUAAAGACGACAGUGGACCAGGCUGUGAAGCAGUGCCCAGGAGUGAAAUGGGUUCUGGUUUCCAUGAAGACCGACAGCAAGGUUCCCAUGACAGCCUUGGAUGAGCUGCUGGAGGAGGUGAGAGGCUACCUGGAGCUACUGUCUCUUCCCCUGAGCAACGUGUCCACUCUGGGAGCAGGGACAGGGAUUGGAGAGCUGGUCCUGGCUGCCAAGACAGUUCUGCUGGUGUUGACACAAUGUGGGUACAUUAAUCGCCACGUGGCAGUGGCAGACUCUGCUGUCAUCGGCUACCCACAUGAGAUUAAGGGAGAAGGUAAGAUGAGCCUAUGUGUUGUGCUGAAGGACAGUGGCUACACGCAGGAGACUCUUGAUGCUGAGCUACAGGAGUUGAUCUCUAAGAUCGCCAAGUAUGUAGCUCCGGAGGAUGUUCAGGUCACACACUGGCUGCCCAAGACUCGCUCAGGGAAGACUAUGCGUCGGAUGCUAAGGAAAAUUGUGGAAGGCAAAGCCAGUGAGCUUGGGGAUUUAACCACGCUGGAAAACCAUGACACUGGGCAGCAGAUCAGAGGGGCAAGAAAAGCCGCUAGCUUGGCUCUGCCAGCUACCACCUCUGGCUCCUCCACUGCAGAAGCAGAGCCAUGUCCAGAAAUGUCACUAAGCAACUGGCGGUCAGUAAGCGCUGGGAGGCUGCACUUCCACUGCAGUCUUAGGAACUUUCUGCAAUACAGAGACCCUCAAAAGCUCUGA